GGGACACUUUCUGCCUCUCUUCCCUAGCGAUCAAUCAACAUAAAUUUUCCCCCAUCCCCGGGUUAUUCUGUGCUCUCUUGACUUGUUGUGUUGAACCUCUUUGAUUUGUGCCCUAAAGGAGUUGGGAUCGAGGACUUAAAUUUAAGAAGUUUAUUAUCCUCUCUGUUCCUCUCCUCUAUGAAUAUUAGAAAUCUGGGAGGUGCAGCGUGCAUGUGCAACUCUACAUCUAUCUUCUAAGCAUUCCUAGCGAAAGAAAUGGCAACGUCUUACAAAAAAAUCUAUCAAUGUAAUUUUUUUUGUAAGUAGGAAAUAUGUAUUAUUGGCGAUUACAGAUUGUGGGGUGCUGUUGCUCACAAUUGGCCUGUUUGCAUAGUCUGGUAGUAUGAACCGUGAGUUCUGUGCACUUCUGCUAAUCAGUGCACUGAGUGCAGUCAGUCCUUGGAGCUUGUUAGGAAUCUAUUCUGUGAGGUGCUGAAAUCCUGAAUAAGAUUUACGCUUAAAUUUCUUUAUAGUAGAUGAGAGGAGGUACAUGAAUCAGUAGUGAUUUGAAAGUGGCAGCUUUUGCAAUGAGAGGAGAAGAACGUGUAGCGCAAGCUGCAGCAAGGGUAUCGAGAGCUUUGGACUGAACUUGUGAAGUCUUUCACUGUGUUUGGACACUGCCUGUUUAGGUGCAGUAUGGUGACUCCAAAGCUGCAUCCUAUCAACUCAAAGUUCUCAGAGGAUGUUUUAAUUUUGGGGGUGGAACCUGCUGUGUAUUUUUUUUGUGGUGGUGUUUUGCGUUGAGGGGGAAGAAAAUACAGAUUAGAACUGUGAGAAAGGGGGCAUGCACAGCUGUAGCUAUGACAUCCCUGUAGUCAUCUGUAAGUUAAAAAACUGUUUGAGGACAGAAAGUAACUCUUCCUAGAAUAAUUUUUCCUUUCUCUGCCCAUCUUAACAUAGCUUAAAAUGAUACUGCUGGAUGUAUGGAGGUAGACAGCAUAAGGGCAGUAACAUGGCAGUAGUCUGUAGUGAGGAGAAAGAGACGUGAAUGUGUGCAGAAUACUUGUUGCUGGAUACAGUGUGUACUGAGGAGAGGAAUCGUGGACAGCUUAGGAGUGAGGAAAGGAGGAAAUUUGCGGGAAGCAUAUGAAAUGGAGAGGAUUGGAAAGGGGAAAAACUGGAGAGCUCUUGUGGGAGUAAAUGAAAAACGAGGUCUCUGAUGUGCUCUUAGAAAAGCAUAGUACGUGUGAUUUCCCCUCCACCCUUUCCCCAAAUGACAUAAGCCAGAAGCUUCUUGACUUGACUCUUGAAGUGAAUAACAAACUGUGUGAUUGUUGAUUAAAAAUAGGAUGAUUCUGUUAUAAAUGCCUGAAGUUGCACUGGGAUUUGAAGAGCUGACAAGUAUUUGGGGGAGUAACCUACUGAUUUGGAGAAGAGGAAUAAUAAUUCUCAAGCUAUUGCUGCAUAGGAUAUUAAACUGUUAUCUUUUCCAGGUCUCUCUCUCUUUCUUUUUUUUUUUCUUUUUCGGAGACAGAAGAAAAGAAGUCAAAAUGGGGCGGAGAUCUACAUCAUCCACCAAGAGUGGGAAGUUCAUGAAUCCCACAGAUCAGGCCCGCAAGGAAGCUCGGAAAAGGGAACUAAAGAAGAACAAAAAGCAGCGGAUGAUGGUACGAGCAGCUGUACUAAAGAUGAAAGAUCCAAAGCAGAUUAUCCGGGACAUGGAAAAAUUGGAUGAGAUGGAAUUUAACCCAGUGCAGCAGCCACAACUUAAUGAAAAAGUGUUAAAGGAUAAACGCAAAAAACUACGUGAGACUUUCGAGCGUAUCUUGCGGCUCUAUGAAAAGGAGAAUCCUGACAUCUAUAAAGAGCUGCGCAAGUUGGAAGUGGAGUAUGAGCAGAAGAGAUCACAACUCAGCCAGUAUUUUGAUGCUGUCAAGAAUGCUCAGCACGUUGAAGUGGAAAGUAUCCCCUUACCAGACAUGCCUCAUGCACCCUCCAACAUCCUCAUACAGGACAUUCCCCUUCCUGGGGCCCAACCACCUUCUAUCCUCAAGAAGACAUCAGCCUAUGGACCACCAAUUCGGGCCAUUUCUGUACUUCCACCUCCUGGGCUUGGUGUUCCACGUUUACCUCCAGGGAGGAAGCCCCCUGGACCUCCUCCAGGGCCACCCCCACCUCAGGUCCUACAGAUGUAUGGGCGUAAGGUGGGUUUCACCUUGGAGAUGGCUCCUCGAAGGCGAGAAGAGGAGAUUUCUUACAGUUCUGAAGCAGGACAGCGAGGGCAUGAUGAUGAUAUCUCCAGUACCAGCGAAGAUGAAGGCUAUCCUGAGGAUAUGGAUCAAGACAAGCACGAUGAGAGCAGUGAUGACAGUGAUAGCGAUAGGUCAGAUGCAGACAGUGAAGCCGAGGAUUUUCUGCAUCGUGAUAAUGACAAGGAGCGGGAAGGUGGCGAAGAGAAGAAAACAGGUCAUAGUGUGCGAUUUGCAGACAUGCCUGGGAAGUCACGGAAGAAGAAGAAGAACAUGAAAGAACUGACUCCACUCCAGGCCAUGAUGUUGCGAAUGGCAGGUCAGGAAAUCCCAGAGGAAGGGAGAGAAGUGGAGGAAUAUUCAGAAGAAGAGGAGGAGGAGGAAGAGGACUCAGAAUCUGAGGAGACGUCACAACAACAACAACACAGUGAGGAAACUCUUGCAGAGACUGGAUCAUCUACCGCAACCUCCCAGGCCCAACAGCAGCAACCUCCUCCACAGCCUGUUCCUCCAACUCAGAUACAGGCACCUCCUAUGCCUGGGCCACCUCCUCUAGGACCACCUCCGGCCCCUCCACUGAGGCCCCCAGGCCCACCCACCGGCCUUCCUCCUGGCCCUCCACCAGGAGCUCCUCCGUUCCUGAGACCUCCUGGGUUACCAGGGCUGCGUGGGCCUUUACCUCGACUUCUACCGCCAGGCCCUCCGCCUGGGCGACCACCUGGCCCUCCCCCUGGUCCUCCACCAGGUCUGCCCCCAGGCCCUCCUCCACGUGGGCCCCCUCCUCGUUUGCCACCUCCUGCCCCACCAGGUAUCCCUCCUCCUCGCCCGGGCAUGUUACGGCCACCUUUGGUGCCUCCGUUAGGACCUGCCCCACCUGGGCUUUUCCCACCAGCUCCCAUUCCAAAUCCUGGGGUGCUGAGUGCCCCACCGAGCUUGAUUCAGCGUCCCAAGGCGGAUGACACCAGUGCGGCCACCAUCGAGAAGAAAGCUACAGCCACUAUCAGUGCCAAGCCGCAGAUCACUAACCCCAAGGCAGAGAUCACUCGCUUUGUGCCCACUGCCUUGCGAGUGCGCCGGGAGAAUAAAGGGGCUUCAGCUGCCUCCCAGAGAAAAACAGAUGAUGAGCCUGCUCUCCCAUUAACCAAAGCAGCCCCUAAGGCUGGAUCGUCUGCCCCUAUCUCUGUACAGACAAAGGAUGAUGUGUAUGAAGCCUUCAUGAAGGAAAUGGAAGGUCUCCUGUGACCUGUCAUAGUCCUAGUCAGCUUUCCUGCCCUCUGAACACAGAUCAGACUCCCACAGAGGGAAGAGAAGAAAAGGCCCUCCUGCAAGCAGUGAGAGGGCUCACAUGACGAAAUAGUUCCCUACCCACAGGUUAACUUGCCAGUAUGCUCUGAGCAGAGACUGCUGCAGAUGGGGCGUGACAGGGGACCUCCUUUCAGAGCUAGCAUGUCCACUUAGUGGAAGGAAAUUACAGUCAAGAAGGUGAUGCAGCUUUCCUCGAGUCCUCCCCCUUCCUUGGUGGGAGGUUAUGGUACUCUGAGGGGAUAUGAUAGUGCUCUGCUUGGGAAGCCUUUCAUUUCAUGAAUGCUCUGGUGAGGGUAGUGGAGCAAACUUUUAAGGAGCCAGAAGAAUGCUAGCAGGAUUUCAUACACAUACAUGGUUCUCAAGUUUUUAUUUUCUGUACUGUUUUUUUCUGUAAAUAUUUUAUAAUCCUGGUCUCUUUUUUAGUUGCAGUGAGAUUGAUCAAUCAUUUUUUCUUCCAGGGUAGUCAGGGAGGUAAUUUGUUGCGUAUACUGUACACUGGAAUUUUGCAACCCUGUCCCCUCUACAGUCAUCUUGAUGGCUUUUAACUGACAGGGGAAAUUUCAUUUUGUCUUGUGCAAGACAAUAAAUGUUCAGUGUAUCAAAAUACCAGUUUCCUUGUGAUCUGUGUAAAUCUAGCAUAUGAAUGGAAAGGGAGGAAACUCUUCAUAGCCUUUGGGGAAGAUAAUAGGUGUUCUGAGCCUCACAAAAGCAGAGCAAUAGCUAUGUUGUAAAUAAUUUAUAUAUCUAUAUAUAUAUUCUCCUUUCACUGAAGUCUCAUAUAUUCUUGUUUCAACAGUUCCUAUAUGUCUCUUUCAGCCUUUGCUGACGGACAGUAGAAAUUUAAGUCCUGAAGUACUCUUAAUAAUUCCCACCCCCCCCUUUUUUUCUUUUCAUAUACUCUUAUAGAAAGGUUUACUUUAUAUCAAGUCUUAGAUAUUCACUGGAUGCAUCUUGGACUUAGCUUAUCUUACAUAAAAAUAGGUAAACAGUUUUAAGAUCUUGACAAAUAAUUUUACAAGCUUUACACUUUUUUUUGUUUUUAAAUCAGUAGAUGCAAAUUCUGUGAGGUUAGUGUUCUUAAACUGCAUUUUUUUCUUUUUUUAAGGACUUUCAUUUUCUAGCCUAAAAAAGCAUUCUUUCUCUCUUGACUGAAAAACACCUUUAACUUCAUUCAUUAUGCUGUCAGUCAAAUAUAUUCCAAUAACCCUUACCAUCUGCAAGAAGCAAAUUUAUUCUUAUUUAAAACAGACUGAGAAAAACCUCUUGGGAUCAUGUAGACAAAUCCACUUGAAGACUUGGGGGAUUGUGUUGACAAUAAGUCUUCCCCAAAUGAAUUGCUUCUUCAGAGAGAAUUGUAUUAUCAAAACAUAUAAGUUUUGUCUGAAAUACUGUACUUAAGCACCAAAUUAAUACUGGUAGUUGCAUAUUUAUAUAGGAGUCUUUAUCCUGCAGGGUUUUGUAAUUAAAAAAAAAAAGUGUAAGUCUGAACACAUCUAUUAAAUUAUACUUGUAAUGUAAGACUGAAAAAAACCUUAGUUGUUUUUGUUAAAGUGCUUGUAGUGAGUCUUAGUGGCUUAAAAGUGAGCCCUCUGACCAUGUAUCAAUUUCUAGAUGAAUAUAUCCAGACUAUGUAGUGACUUUUUUGUUUUAAUUAAGAAAAUUUCUGCUAGUCUUGGGCUGCCAGACUACUGGAUAGCCAACUAUAGGCAUCAUUUGAGAUAUAAGCAUCAGCCUUAGCUGAAUGUUCAGUGCUUUCAGAUUAAGUCCCUUUUAAGGUGACAACCACAAUUAUUAGUUACCCAAACUUAGUUACACUUGAAAACUUUCAGUUCUGUUUUAUGCAAUUCUGGAUACAAACAAAUAAGUUUGUACAAUGGUUCUCUUCAUGGUUUAGGAUCCAAUUGCAGUUGUGGAGUAUUGUUUUAAUUUUUUUUUAAAGUUACAUUUAGGGAUAUCCUUUCUGGUUUA